AUGAACAUUACAGGAUUCUUUUACAUCUUUGUGGCAUUCAAUGAUUCCCACCCUUUGGCUACCUUUAGCUCUCUGCAGUUUCAUCUAAGUUAUUUCCAUGGUGGUGAAUAUUUUGCUUCCCUUUUGUCAGGAGUAUUCACUAAGAACAUUGUUGCUGCUGCACCAGUUAUCUACUGCAGAAAUGUACUAAAAAAUUCAAAUACGGCACGAGCAAUAUUGAUUAAUGCUGGUCAAGCCAAUGCUGCAACCGGCAAUCCAGGUUAUCAAGAUGCAGUAGAAUGUGCACAUUCUGUUGCCCAGUUUCUUCAGGUGAGACAAGAAGAUGUAAUGAUCCAAUCAACUGGUGUUAUUGGUCAAAGAAUUAAAAAGACACAUGGACUAACUCGGAUGAAUACACAUGCUUCGCCAUAUUUGAUUUGGCUCGGAUCCAGGUGAGUGCUUCUGACGAGUGCCUUUGACAA